AUGGGUCGAUCUCUUAAUGCUUCGUCUAAAAUACUUAGUAACCCAAUCCCAUGUCAUACCUUUAACCCUAAAUCAUUUGAACCAUUAAAAAGUAAAGGGCCACGUCCUGUUUCUCCAGUUACUAUUCUGUUAACUCUUUCUUUGCCCCCAGAAAUUAAUAAUAAUAAUGAUUUUAAUAGUAUGCUGUUUUCAAAUAUGGUUACUUCUCAAAAUGAUAUCCUACCUUUAUCUGAAAUUCCACCCAUGUCUGUUAACCCUUUUGAAGAAUUAAGAUUUUAUACGUCUCAACUUAAAGUCCAAUUAGGAUGUUCCUUUAAUACUUUAAAUAAUUUAGAAUUUAAGUCUAAUAAUUCAAUUAUUCCAUCCCUAGCUAUAUUACUGAAAAAGGAAAUAUCUUUACAAUUACCCAAUUCAAAUAAUCCUCUUCCGUUAGUUUAUUAUGAAGCAAUAACCUCUAGUAGCGAUGCCUCACCUUUUCCUAAUAAAACUUCACUUAAUAAUAGCAUUCAUGUUACUAGUCCUUUUAAAAACCAACAACAAUUUUUAACUAAUACUAACCUUAGUAAAAUAGUAUCUCCAUUCAUUGCCAUUCCUAAUCCUCCUGUCAUAUUUCUUGAAGAAGACUCGGAUGAGUCUAGCGAUUCGUGUUUUGAGUGGUACGUAGCUGCGUGA